AUGAUGUCCUCAACCAACGAGGAGGAUCCCUUCCUCCAGGUACAACAAGAUGUACUCGCCCAACUCCAGCAGACGCGGCCCAUCUUCUCGUCCUACGUGCGCAUCCGGUCCUUGACCUCGGCACCUUCGAACCCGGAGCUCACCUCGGCGCGCGCCGACUUGGAGACCGCUCUGGGCUCCCUGACCGAGGACCUCGAGGACCUCCGCGCCGCCGUCCAGGCCGUCGAGUCCAACCCGGCGCAGUACGGCCUCUCGGCCGCCGAGGUCAAGCGGCGCCAGCGCCUGGUGCAGGAAGUCGGCGGCGAGGUCGAGGACAUGGCCGAGGAGCUAGCAAAGGGCGGCGCGGGGAAGCAGACGAGCAACAGCAAGGCGCGCGCCGCACGAGCCGCGGCCUCGGGAGACCUGCCGGACCCCAAUGCCUUCGCGCUCGAGGACGGCGAAAACGAAGACGACGACUAUGCGGCCGAGUUUGAGCACCAGCAGCAAAUGCAAAUGAUGCGCGAGCAAGACGACAUGCUCGACCAGACGUUUGUGACGGUGGGCAAUAUCCGGCGGCAGGCCGACGACAUGGGCCGCGAGCUCGAAGAGCAGCGCGAGAUGCUCGAGGUGGUCGACUCCAUGGCCGAGCGCGUCCAGGGCCGUCUCCAGACUGGCCUCGCCAAGAUGGCCUACGUCGCCCGCAAGAAUGAGGACCGCUGGAGCGGGUGCUGCAUUGCUGCACUCAUCAUGGUCCUCAUCAUCUUGCUUGUGCUCCUCCUGAUAUUAUAG